CCGGGCCCGGAAGGGGGCCGGACCGCCGGAAACUGGGUCUGCCAAGCCCGGGUCUCAGGGUGCAGUGUUCUCCACGAGACGGAGAGCUGGGCCGGCGACAUGGCGGGGCUGGAGCUCCUGUCUGACCAGGGUUACCGGGUGGACGGUCGUCGCGCCGGGGAGCUGCGCAAGAUCCAGGCGCGCAUGGGCGUGUUCGCGCAGGCCGACGGCUCGGCCUACAUCGAGCAGGGCAACACCAAGGCGCUGGCAGUGGUCUACGGGCCGCACGAGAUCCGGGGUUCCAGGUCUCGAGCCCUGCCUGACCGGGCUCUGGUGAACUGUCAGUAUAGUUCAGCAACCUUCAGCACAGGUGAGCGCAAGCGGAGGCCACAUGGAGACCGUAAGUCCUGUGAAAUGGGCCUACAGCUGCGCCAGACCUUUGAGGCAGCCAUUCUUACUCAGCUGCACCCACGAUCCCAGAUUGACAUCUAUGUGCAGGUGCUGCAGGCUGAUGGUGGAACCUACGCAGCUUGUGUGAAUGCCGCCACGCUGGCAGUGUUGGAUGCUGGGAUACCCAUGCGGGACUUUGUGUGUGCAUGUUCAGCUGGUUUUGUGGAAGGCACAGCCCUGGCAGACCUCAGCCAUGUGGAGGAAGCAGCUGGUGGUCCCCAACUAGCCCUGGCUCUGCUGCCAGCCUCAGGCCAGAUCGCGCUGCUUGAAAUGGAUGCCCGGCUGCAUGAGGAUCACUUGGAGCAGGUGCUUGAGGCCGCUGCCCAAGCAGCUAGAGAUGUGCACACCUUGUUGGACCAUGUGGUACGGCAGCAUGUGCGUGAGGCAUCUAUCUUGCUGGGGGACUGAACACCCAGCCAUUUUUGUCCAGAAUAAAGUCCUGCUCCUCUGCUCA